AUGCAAAUUCAAAAUACUAAUAAUAAUAUUUUAUUAGAUAGUAUAAGUCUUUUAAAUUUACCUGAAUUAACAACUAUAAUUCAAUCUAAUCAUAGUGAAUAUAGUUCAUAUAUUAAUAACUAUGCUAGUAGACAAUUUAUUACAGCAAUUGUACAUAUUAUUGAAGAAGCUAUACUUGAUAAAUUACAAACAUUUGUAGCAUGA